AUGUCCGACAAACAACCUUAUCGUCCUGCAUCACCAGAGGGCAGUGAUACUGUGGUUAUAGGAACAGAAGAUACAAGCAACUACAAUCAGGGGCAUGUCUUACCCGAAUCCGACGACACUAUCGCCAGCAUUCGAGAAUGGUUGUGCCCCACAGAGUAUGACCACGAGGGCAGUGAGUAUCGCAAACAUUUGGCCUUUCAUCUCGAGGGUACCGGUGAAUGGCUGCACCGAUCAGAAAACUAUCAGCAGUGGCACAAAACACCAGAAAAUGGCCUCUUGUGGAUCAAAGGUGUGCCAGGCUCUGGAAAGUCUGUUGUGGCAGCCAGCUUGAUUCACAAGCUCUCACAAGAACAAGUACCUGUGCUUUAUUUCUUCUUCCGGCAGAUCAUCGAUGCCAGUCAUCGACCAGUGAAUCUUCUCAGGGACUGGCUUGAUCAGAUCAUUCUGUUUUCUCCUCCGUUGCAGUCUACUUUGAAGAAUUACGUCGAUAAUUCUCGCUCUCUUGACAGUGUCUCGAUCAAUGAACUAUGGAAACAUCUCAAAGUAGCUCUGUCGUCUAUCCCCCGCGUCUAUUGCGUUGCAGAUGCUCUCGAUGAAAUGGAUGACGAAAACAACGACUUCAUCGCCCAAUUGGCCGAGCUUGGCCAUAUGAAGCCAUCAUCUAUCAAGGUCGUUUUGACUAGUCGGCCUACUGCUAGUGUGGAGGCUGCCAUGAGAGUUAUCAAGUCCCUGAAUAUUCGCAUGGAGGAAAAACUUGUGGACGUUGAUAUCGCCGCUUAUGUUCUAUACUGUCUGGCCAACAGCUCAAUAGACGAGGGUGAUCAGCAACUCGUCAAAGAAGCUGUACCAGGUCGAGCAAAUGGAUUAUUUCUCUAUGCCAAGCUGGCCAUGAACGCGUUUCUAGAGCUUGGAGCAAAUGUUCGGGAGACAAUUCACAACCUUCCUCUCGAUCUGGAUACCAUGUAUAUCGGCCUCUUGCAAGAACAUGCUCGGAGGUCUGGGAUCUCUGAGAAGACACAGGUCAUGAUACUGCAGUGGGUGACAUAUGCCACUCGUCCACUUCGGCUACUGGAACUUGCAGAUAUGCUUGGGACAGCCAUCGCGGAUAGAGUGUCUCGUACCCUGAAAGAGGACAAGGGCCUUGUGCGAGCUGCAUGUGGCCCCUUGCUUGAAACCCUACCGGACGAAACCGUCAGCGUCGUUCAUCAUUCAUUAACGGAAUUUCUGAUUGGCACGCAUAGGACGGAAAGGCCUGGAGGCUAUCCCAUACUGGACUCAUCAGCAACUCACUGUGAUCUUGCAAUUGUUUGUCUCGAUUACAUUUGCUCCGGCUGGCUCCGCGAUCAAGACAUUCGUAUGUACUCUCUUAGAUCAGAUCACCGUCGCAUUACCUUGAACUUCCCAUUCGCAGCCUAUGCAAUCUCAAACUGGAAUAUACACGCAAGGAGAUCCAAGUGGACAGUAUCGUAUGCCGAUAUACUGUCUCAAAGGAUUGAUCGCUUCAUGGACGACAAAAAGACAAGAGAUAACUGGGCAAAAAUAUGCUUGCAAAAUGGAUUUUAUAGAAGGGGUGGAGAUAGCCAUGUCAAGUCGUUAUCCGAUCUUCACAUAGCGGCACUGUGUGGUCUUGCGCCAACUAUCAAAUCUCAUAUUGAUUGCCGGGGUUUGAGGGACCAGGCAUUGGAUAUACCAGAUGCUCAGAAGAGAACCCCUCUGUGGUGGGCUGCAUCAGGCGGCCACACUGAUGUAGUUGAAAUACUUUUGCAGCAUGGAGCUUCACACACCAUUGCUGACAUUUCUUCGGGCUUUCGUCCAGUCCAUGCGGCUGUGAUGAAAAACAAACAUCAAGUAGUUCGCCUUCUCAUGGAAAAAGAGGCAGUGAUUACGCUGCAGAAGCCACCUGUGGGUGCAUCUGGUGAGGUUCCUAAACUGGGAUUGACAAUUUUGGAGUUUGCAUCCGCCCAAGGACACCUCCAGAGCUUAGAGGCUGUGCUUCCCUUCUAUAAUGCCAUCGAUAAGAAGCGUGCUCUUUUCGAGGCGAUAGACGCGGAAAGGUUACAUGUCACUAAAUUACUUGCUUGUGAACCUGAUGUUGACGUGAACGAAAUAUUUGAGGGCAAGACAGCAUUGUUUCUUGCUGCGAGCCGUUGCAGCUUUGAGGUCAUGGAGACAUUGAUCGAAGCUGGAGCAGAUGCUUCCAUCAAGUGCAGAAGAAAAACAGGAGCCGAUCCCGACGACAAAAAAGUUUUGUCAACGGCCUUGAUCGAAUUCUUUCGCAAUCGGCGUCUUUUGACUAGGAGAUCCGCAGGUCGUCUUCUUGGGUUGCAGUUGGAACCAUCCGUCUUCAAGCACAUGUUGAAUCUCUUGGUAAAUGCAGGUGCUGAUUUGAAUGAGAAGGAUUCGAUGGGAAGGUCUGCCAUACAUUCAACAGAAUCUUGUGAUGCACUCGAGUGUCUGGUUGACGCUGGUGCCGAUCCGACUGCAAGAUCAAGAGACGGAAGGACGGUGCUUCAUUGUCUACCAGUAGACACCAAUGAAGGAUAUCUCAAAUUUCUGAUUGAAAGCCAGAACGGAAGUGUCAAUGAGAGGGAGCACCACAACGGGCAAACUCCUCUAUUGUCGGCACUUCAAUCGCAUUCGGCUCUUGCCAUGCUAAUCUUGCAACACGGCUCGGACUGUGCAAUGGCUGACUUCGAAGGCAAUGGGCCUCUCCAUUACGCCCUUUUUUUCUGCAAGGGCAGGGGUCAUCCGAAACCCUCAUAUGGGCCUGAAGAUGACGGAAACUUACUGAAAUUGAUGAAGGCACUUUUAGAGGCUGGUGCCGAUCCAAGACUGGCAAAUUCCAAUGGAGAGACACCUCUUCACGUCCUUGCUGCCCAUUAUCUUGAUGGUCAUAUUUUUGACACUCAAGAUCUAGAAUAUAUAAAAGAGACGAUCAGACUCUUGCUUCAUCAUGGAGCCGACAUUGACGCCAGAGACACCAAGGGCCGUACGCCUUUGUUCAGGCUCGCAGGAAGGAACUUCAGUCACACUAACGAGGUUAAACCUCUUUUCGAGAGCUUCGUCGAUGAGUCUGCUGAUCUAAAUGUCCGCGACAAUGAAGGCCGGUCACUUCUUCACGAAGCAGUCUAUAACAUCACAUUAGGGGGUAACAUGAACGGUACCCUGGCCUUACCAUACCAGUAUCUAAUUAAUGCUGGAGUAUCACCAUUGGUCGCGGACUUUAAAGGCAACACUUUAUGUCACGAACUCAUCCUCGCACCGAAUUGCCCAACACUAAAGGGUUCCGAAGAGUUUUUCUUCCCAAUUUUUCAGGAAGCCGGCGUGGGAACAGACAAGCCCAACUUCUCUGGGACGACUCCAUUACAUCUUGGUUGCCAAAUGCGCACAGAUGGUGCCUAUAGUAUCAACAUCAAGACACAAGACUGUUUCAAGUGGUUAUUGAAGCACUCAUCGGAUCCAAAUAUAUCGGACAAACAAGGAUUGACAGCAAUUCAUUUUGCUGCUUCGACAGAUACUUACGCGGUUGAUCGAUUGUUGCGUGCAGGGGCGGAUCCUUUUGCUGCAACAGAUCAGGGAAUGAAUGUUCUUCAUAUCGCGUCAAGGUGUAGAAGAAGCAAUAAUCUUGGACUUUUAAUUCAGAGGAUGAAAGCUCUAAGUUCAGACGCUUUGAACAUUGUUUUGAACCAGAAGGACAUAUGCCAAUACACCCCUUUACAUUAUGCUUGCCGUUCUGGAGUCAUGGAGUCUGUCAGGUUCUUGCUGGAAGCUGGGGCUGAUGUCAACCCGACCUUUGACGCGUCACAGGGGACAUACUUGGACGAGCCUUGGUUUCCUCCUAUACUCCAAUGCGUGUUUCUCAAAUCUGAAAAUUCUCUUUGGAAACGAGGACCACUAGACGGGGGGGCCAGUAGCGACGAGAUGGAUAGGUCCAAGGGCCAUAAUCUGAUCGCUGGUGGCUACACCGUUGAAGACACCACAAGGCACUUUGAUAAGUUCUCCUCAGAGCCUCAGAUUAAAGAUUAUGGCACAGAAUUUGAAGUAUUAGGGUACGAUGAUAUUCUCAAUGCUUUACUUGCCGCAGGGGCUGACCUGAGCCAAAUCGGGCAUGACUCUACCCCAGCUCUUUACCGCGCUAUGAUGUUCGCGGCGGAUCAACAGGACGACUACGUUAUAUAUCUCCUCUGGGACAUUUCAGAGAAAGCUAAAAUGGAUGAGCUUCCUGCAACUAUCGAUUUUGCUAUCACAUUGGCGAGGGCUCGCCAUCGCGCCGAAACAACAGUAUUGAGUGAUGCUUUCCUUCCAAGAGCAAAAGAAACCACUUGGGAGACGGUAGCACGACUGAUCUCGGGCCAUCAGUUCUCUCUGAUCACAGACUUGUACAAAGCUGGGGCCAAAUUCACCACUACCUCUGUCGAAGGAGUGUCUAUUUUGCAUAAGUUUGUUCAGUACGGGCUGCAUCAACUGAUUGAUCAUUGCUAUUAUCCGCAGGAAGUAGCGAUGCCAGAAAAUGGCCAACAGGCCCCAGAAAGAAACCAGGAUGGUCCCGAAUCUCUACUCAUGGUAGCGUGCAGACGAUCUACUUCCAACAUGGAGGUGAUACGUAUCCUUGUGGAGAAGAAGGGAGUCAAUAUCAAAGCGCAAGGACCAAAUGGCAUCACAGCUCUUCAUAUUCUUGCUGUAGGCAAAUACUGGUGGCAACACGCUCUAGCUAUUCCGUACUUGGUUUCUAAGGGGGCGGAUCUAGAAGCUCGAAAUACCGAUGGUUGUACGCCACUUCUUUACUCUUCCACACAAUGGGGUGCUUUUCGGGCUGCCGCGAUGAAGACUCUGAUUGACUAUGGUGCCGAUGUCAACGUUCUGUGCAACAGGGGACUCGGCUGUCUGAACCAUGCAACACAAAACGAAGGGCUUGUUCGGCUCCUGGUAAGACAUGGAGCAGAGGUUCUUCCAAUGACAAUCAUGAAUGCAAUCCAACAAGGAAAUGUUGACACCUUGAGAAUUCUCUUAUCUGGUAAUGGACAACCAGGGUUGGCUGCACUUUGGAAGCUGAAGCUUGACGAUGCAAAACACAUGGAUCUGGACGCAAACCCACUACAAGCCCAGCUGAUUCGCCAAGGUCAUCCAUUGUUUACUGCAAGUACUGAAGGUGCGGCGUUCAUGCCCUCAGUUUCCGACACGCUAUCAAAGGUCAGACAUUCGGUUAAAGGGGAGAUGAUGAAAGCUCUUAUGGCCGUUGGAUUCAGCCCAUACGACACUUUUGCAUUCCGCCCGGUUUACAAACGCCGUGCACCAUACAGACCAUCGUUGCCUAUGGCUAUAGCCAAUCAAUCAUGGCAGGAGAAAGACGAAGAGUUUGGGAUCAUUAGCGGUCUGGGUCUCGGAUCACCACGCUUGACAAACAGAGUAGUCAUGCAUGAAAUAUUCAGCAGUGACUCGGGUUACUAUGAGCCCAUAUUGGAAUUGCCGGAUCUUGAUCUGGAGUUUCGAGACAAGGCAGGAAGAACUCUUCUCUUAGCAUCUUGUCGUAGGCGAGAUUAUUCAGAAAAUAUACCUCUGAAGUUGCUUCUUGGAAGGGGGGCAGAUCCCUUUGCAGUGGACAACCAAGGCCGAAACGUUGUACAUCUCAUCUUAGGAUCUAGCGUCCUGGACGAUGACAUGUUGGAAGCUGUCAAGGAUCUCGGAGACGUUCUACCACAUCUUAUCAACCAGUCUGAUGCUAAAGGUUAUCGACCGCUCCAUUAUGGCCUUGCAGCAGUGGCAGCUGGUGGGAGUUUACAUGCUGAAGCCAGCUGGGUAGACUACAUUAUCACUCAGGGCGCAGAUAUGCUCGCCGUCGAUGCACACGGGAACAACGCGUUGCACUAUCUCGCCUCUAUCAUUUUUGGUCAUUCUGGCUACAGUGGAGAUAGGGCCGAGAUCCUUUUCAAGAAGUUCAUAAACAUGGGUCUUGACAUAAACGCACGCAACAGGGCUGGCCAGACACCCAUCUUCUUCGUGGUUGGUGAUUUAAGAGAUCAACCAGUGCUCCGCGAGAAGAUAAACUGGUUAGAUGGUUUGGGAGUGGACUGGCAGGCGAGAGAUGAGCAGAGGCGAACCAUCCUACACGGGAUAGCGGGGGAGCCUGCCGAAUUGUUCAAAGUGGUUAUGGAGAGGGGAGUCGAUCCAUUAGCAGAAGACAUAGAUGGAAGGACCAGCUUGGAUCUUGCAGCGGGGCUUGAGAAUUAUGAAGUUUUGAAGCUUUUUGAUAGAGCGGGUGAGUGA